AUGUCCGACCCAGUGUCUGUUUUUGACGGCCCGGCGUUCCAGCGGAUACCCGUCUGGGUGCAGCAGAAGCUGUCGCCGCUCGCCGUCCAGAAGAUCCAGGACGUCUACGACUUUGUCGAGAAUGAAGUCAUCCCCCGCGAGCAAGUCAUGCGCCAGCAGGUCGCCAGCAAGCGCUGGGCCAUCCCACCGGUCAUGCACGAGCUGCGCGACAAGGCCAAGAAGAAGGGCCUUUUCAACCUGUUCCUGCCCAACCACUUCACGGAGAGCCCGGGCCUGACCAACCUCGAGUACUCGUGCUGCGCCGAGAUCAUGGGCCGCUGCUACUGGGCGCCGCAGACGAUGAACUGCCACGCCCCCGAGACGGGCAACAUUGAGCUGCUGGCCAAAUACUGCAACGAGGAACAGAAGGAGAAGUGGCUCAAGCCGCUGCUGGAGGGCACCGCCUCGUCGGCCUACUCCAUGACGGAGCCCGACGUGGCCAGCUCGGACGCCACGCAGAUCAGCAUCCAGGUCCGCCGCGAGGGCGAUGAGUACGUCAUCAACGGCCGCAAGCUGUACGGCAACUGCCUGUGGAACAAGGACCUGACGUUCUACAUCCUCAUGGGAUGCUCCGACCCGGACAACGAGGACCGCUGGAAGCGGCACACGAUGCUGCUGGUACCCUGCGACACGCCCGGCAUCACCCAGGUGCGCAACCUGACCAUCAUGGGCUACGACUGGGCCCCCGAGGGCCACGGCGAGUACGUCUACAAAGACGUGCGAGUGCCGGCCGCCAACGUCAUCCUGGGCGAGGGCCGAGCCUUUGAGAUUGCCCAGGGCCGUCUGGGCCCCGGCCGCAUCCACCACUGCAUGCGUCUGCUCGGCCAGUGCGAGCGUGCCUACGAACUUGCCCUUGUGCGCUGCAAGGACCCCCGGAAGAAGCCCCGCGGCAAGUUCAUUGGCGACUUUGACAGCAACAUUGAGCGCAUCGCCCAGAUGCGCAUGGAGAUUGACGGCGCACGCCUUGUCGUGCUGUCGGCAGCCGACACCAUGGACGUCCGCGGCAACAAGGCUGGCAAGCGCGCGAUUGCCCAGAGCAAGGUCCUGGUGCCGCACCUGGCCACCCAGAUCAUCGACGAGUGCAUGCAGAUCUACGCCGGCCAGGGCUUGACGCAGCACACGCCGCUGCCCGAGAUGUGGACGUAUGCGCGUUUUGUGCGUGUGGCCGACGGCCCCGACGCCGCUCACCGGCACCAGGUCGGCCGCGAGGAGAUGAAGACCGCCGGCAAGUUCAUUGCGCGCCUGCGGCAGACGAACGAGAAAGCCAAGGCCUUGACCGAGCAGUACGGCUACAAGUACGAGUCGUUCGACUAA